AAAAAGUUUAAUAACUUCGCAAAGAUGGGUAACUUAUCUGACUGAUGCAACAAAGAGGAUGAGAUCGAGGUCAUCCCGAGGCAUAGCAUUGGGAAGUACUCUAAGACCUCAUACUGGGCAAAAGAAGAUGUCAUCUUUUAUGAGAAGUAUAAAUAAUCGAAGCAGGAAAUUAAUGCAGCCCAGGUAUUGGAAUCUCCUCAGAGUUAAGCUAUCAGAUACAGUUAGGGAUACUCAUAAAAGGCUCCUAAUGCACGAGUUUUAUGUAAGGAAUGUUCCAGCAAACAAAAAUAUUUGUUGAUUUACUAAGCUAAUUAGCUUUGGAAGCUCAGAUUCAUUCAUCAGCACCGGCUCAAAAAUGAACUCCAUUGAGUUAGUAAACAAGCAGGGAUAUUAUAUUGGUGAAGUUCACAUUGAGAAGAACUGCUUCCAAGGCAAGGGAGCCGCCCUUUUUCAAACAGGAAGCCUCUACGAGGGGUUCUGGGUCAAUAACCUCCCUCAUGGCCAGGGUCGUCUAAUCUACCCUGAGGGAAGCUACUAUAGAGGCCAGUGGAAGGAAGGCAAAAGACAUGGCAAUGGUGAAUUUAGAUCCUCCUCGGGUGUCACAUAUAUUGGUCAAUGGCAUGAAGAUUACAAGCACGGGAAUGGGCAAGAAUUUUUCCCAGAUGGUUCCUAUUACAAAGGAGGGUUCUGCAUGAACGAGUACGAAGGUGAAGCUGAGAUCCUCUAUCCAAAUGGAGAGAAGUACAAAGGCGAGUAUAGGAACAGCAACCACAAUGGAAAAGGUACCUUGCACUUCUCUGAUGGGAAAAGCUAUGAAGGUACCUUCAGUGAUUCCGUCAUCAAUGGCUACGGUGUCUAUAAAUUUGACAAAGGUGGCAACAAAGUCUAUGAGGGAAAUUUCAAGGAUGGUGCAAUGCAUGGUGAAGGGGUCAUCAAAUUUGCCACAGGAGACACUAUCUCUGGUACUUGGAAAGAAGGCAAAAAGCAUGGUAGCUUUAAAUACCAAUCCCCAAUGCAGCCAGUAAAGUAUAAAGAUUAUGAGGAAGGGUCUGCUUCUAAUAAGACUAGAGCUAGUUCAAGUAUUAUGUUUCCUACCACUCCUCAAACAAGCUCCCAUGUAGGCCAAGAUGCUAAAUAAGAGUUC